GUGGGGGGUGAUGAAGAGAGGAGGAGAGAGCAGAGAGAGAGGACGGUGUUUUAUCAGCCAAGUGCAGCCUGGAUCGUGAGGAGCGGACGAUGGGGGGAAAAAAUCCCACUCUUGUUUCUUUUUCUCCAACAUCACCGACAUUAACAUGUAGACCGGUGCGCGUCAAAAGACCCGGAGCGUAAUGGUAUUUGCUGUCUAGGAGAUUAUCAGUUCUAGUUGUGAAUUUAAAAGAAAAAAACACAUUUUGGAUUAUCAGCGGACUUGUUUUUGGACUAAAAAGGUUGCCUUUAAUUGUUUUCCGCGCGUGUGUAAAUGUUGGACCGCAUUUAACCCGAGUUUCUACCCUCUGGAGUGAAAAAAAGUGCGCCAGUAUUAUUUCCCAGGCUUAUUUCCAACGCUUGAGCGUCGGAUUUUUUAUUUUUUUUGGAGGAGGAGGGGGGGCUAUGUGGCUUUUGAAAAGGAAUGCACCUUAUCCUAACUGGACAUAACGCACAGAGGAAUAUUAUCUGAGGUGGGGGGAUAACGCAGCGGAUGGGACCCUUCCUUCACGGGGACAGACUUUGGACUGGACCGCUCUACUCCAAGUAAAACACGUCCACUGCAUCAUCGCUAGUCCUGCUUCCGCUGCUGUCGUGGCAGGCCUGCUCACCUCAGAAUGAUGGAAACCCUCAUCAUUGACUGGCUUGUCAACCUUCUUAGAAGUGGAGCUUAAAGAUGGUGUCUUUACCAUUGUCCUCUUCAUCGUGGUGGUUGUUUAGAGGACCCCGUUGAGGAAUAUUUUCCAUAUUGUGAGGAAUAUUUCUCAGAUUUCCCUUCACAAAGCUGGAGGAUUUGAUGGCUGCUACAUUUUCACCGGAUGGUUCGCACUGCUUGGAUUUUCAAAAGGAUCAUUAGCGACCACAGCCUUUGUCUGCUCUGAAGCCAAUUACUUAUGAGUGAAUGUGAUUUUAAUGUGAUUGUCUGGUUGUGUUUGCAUGGCGCAAAAGAAAGAUAGAAAAUAAGGAUUUUAUUUAUUUAUUUUUUGAAUCUAAAAAGGACAAGAGAGGACGCAAAGAAGUUGAAAACAAGGAGUAGCAGCCAUGUCCCAGUGGAGGCACCACCAUUUGAGGACUGGGUGUCGGCUACUUCAGACUGUUAAAAGUGGGAGCAGGAUGAUGGGAUACUUAGGGCUUAAAGGUUCCUUAAGCGCCGGCCAGUGGAUGUCCUCUCUAAUAUGGCUCGGGCUGCUGCUGCUCCAGGCAUCUCCGACUGCCGUGUCGGCUCAAAAACUGGAUGAGAAUGACCCGGUGGUCACCACCGUCUACGGCAAGCUGCGCGGCAUCAAGAAGGAGCUCAACAACGAAAUCCUGGGUCCCGUCGUGCAGUUUCUGGGUGUUCCGUACGCCGCUCCACCCACUGGAGAGCGCCGCUUUCAGCCACCCGAGCCGCCAGCGUCAUGGCCGGAGAUCCGCAACGCCACCCACUUUGCCCCCGUUUGCCCUCAGAGCAUCGUGGAGGGCCGCCUGCCGGAUGUGAUGCUGCCAGUGUGGUUCACCAACAGCAUUGACAUUGUGUCCACAUACGUCCAGGACCAAAGCGAGGACUGCCUCUAUCUUAACAUCUACGUCCCCACUGAGGAUGUCAAAAGAAUAUCCAAGGAAUGUGCCAGGAAACCGGGCAAGAAAAUAUGUAGACAAGGAGGUCCCCUUACAAAGAAACACACUGAUGAUUUAGGUGAUAGUGACCGCACGGACGACGAAGACAUUAGGGAGAGUGGAAGCCCCAAGCCGGUGAUGGUUUUCAUCCACGGGGGCUCCUACAUGGAAGGAACUGGGAAUAUGUUUGAUGGCAGCAUCCUGGCCAGCUAUGGGAAUGUGAUUGUCAUAACUGUCAACUACCGGCUGGGCGUCCUAGGGUUCCUGAGUACAGGUGACCAGGCGGCCAAAGGGAAUUACGGUUUGUUGGAUCAAAUCCAGGCUCUGCGUUGGACCAGUGAGAACAUUGCAGCCUUUGGCGGCGACCCGUUACGUAUCACCGUGUUCGGCUCGGGUGCUGGAGCUUCCUGUGUCAACCUGCUCACAUUGUCUCACUACUCUGAGGGCAACCGCUGGAGCAACUCCACCAAAGGCCUGUUCCAGAGGGCCAUCGCACAGAGCGGCACAGCUCUGUCCAGCUGGGCCGUCAGUUUUCAGCCGGCCAAGUACGCCCGCAUGCUGGCCCGUAAGGUGGGCUGUAACCUGGAGGACACAGUAGAGCUCGUGGUGUGUCUUCAGAGAAAACAUUACAAGGAGCUGGUAGAUCAAGACAUCCAGCCAGCCCGCUACCACAUCGCCUUUGGGCCUGUUAUUGAUGGAGAUGUUAUACCUGAUGACCCUCAGAUACUCAUGGAGCAAGGCGAGUUUCUCAACUAUGAUAUCAUGCUGGGAGUUAACCAGGGUGAAGGACUUAAGUUUGUGGAGCUUAUCGUGGAUAACGAAAACGGCGUUCAGGCGAACGACUUUGACUAUGCCGUGUCCAGCUUUGUGGAUGACCUCUAUGGCUACCCAGAGGGCAAAGACAUCCUCAGAGAGACCAUCAAGUUCAUGUACACAGACUGGGCAGACAGGCACAACCCGGAGACCCGACGGAAGACACUGCUCGCACUCUUUACCGAUCACCAGUGGGUGGCACCGGCUGUCGCCACAGCUGACCUGCACUCCAGUUUUGGGUCACCGACGUACUUCUACGCUUUCUACCACCACUGUCAGACAGAACAGGUACCACCGUGGGCAGACGCCGCACAUGGAGAUGAGAUCCCUUAUGUGUUUGGCCUACCAAUGAUUGGACCAACAGAGCUGUUUCCCUGCAACUUCUCCAAGAAUGAUGUGAUGCUCAGUGCCGUGGUCAUGACCUACUGGACAAACUUUGCCAAGACGGGGGACCCAAACCAGCCCGUUCCCCAGGACACCAAGUUCAUCCACACCAAGCCCAACCGCUUUGAGGAAGUGGCAUGGACACGCUACAACCAGAAAGACCAGCUCUACCUUCACAUUGGACUCAAGCCCAGGGUCAAAGAGCAUUACCGUGCCAACAAGGUCAAUUUGUGGUUGGAACUGGUUCCUCAUCUGCACAGCCUCAACGACGUCACUCAGCUCAUUCCCACCACCACCAAGAUUCCUCCACCUGAAGCUACUAACCGCACCCCGAAGACCAAGGUUGUGGUGACCAAGCGCCCUAAUCCGACUCCUUUCCCCACUGAAACCCACGAUAGCCACAACCAGCCACAUCUGGUGGACCAGCGUGACUACUCCACUGAGUUAUCAGUGACCAUCGCUGUAGGAGCCUCCCUGCUGUUCCUCAACAUUCUGGCCUUUGCCGCACUUUACUACAAGAAGGACAAGCGCCGGCAUGAUGUCCACAGGCGCUGCAGCCCACAGCGGAGCGCUGCCAACGACCUGGCUCACACUCAGGAGGAAGAGAUCAUGUCCCUGCAGAUGAAGCAGCACUCGGAUCUGGACCGGGACUGCAGGGGGGUGGGCGAUUCCCUGCACCCGCAUGACAUGGUGCUGAGGACUGCCUGCCCGCCGGACUACACUCUGGCCAUGAGACGCUCGCCGGACGACAUCCCGCUUAUGACGCCAAACACCAUAACCAUGAUCCCCAGCACCAUGGGGGGGCUCACUUCGCUCCACUCUUUCAACACCUACCCCAGCAGCGGGCAGAAUAACACCUUGCCCCACCCGCAUCCACACUCACACUCCACCACCCGGGUAUAGCCCUGUGUAUGCACCCACGCAGGCAGGACUCUGAUGGCUGAGGCAAAAUCAAACGCCACUGCUGCAGCAGAGACUUACGGCCGACAUGCUGACAAACGCAGAUAUGUCAGGAGCUGAAACGCCAGCCUGGAGUUGCCAGACACCCAUGGAAUUACACUGGGAUUGUAUGACACCCUGUUAAUACCUGAGGGAACAUAGUCAAGGGAUUUCUGGGGGUUUGGACCAGAGGAAACAAAAAAAAA